AUGCUCAUCAUUUUUGAAUAUACCAAGAAAUUCAAAGAGAAGAAAAAAAAUAAUGAAAGUAGAAACGAAUAAAGUUGCAAAAACCCAUUUAAUAUGUUCAUUUUUAAUUCUAAUUUCUUGCUUACAAAGCUUGAUUAUAAGCUGUGAAGCUAGAAGGAUUAAAAGACAUCUUAGCUCAACUCCUGGUUUGAAAAUGAAGGCAGUUAAUCUUGGAGGAUGGCUUGUAACUGAAGGAUGGAUUCAUCCUUCUCUUUUUGAUGGCAUUCCUAAUAAUAACUUAACGGAUGGAACACAAAUACAGCUGAAAUCAGUGACUAUAGGCAAGUAUGUUUGUGCUGAGAAUGGUGGAGGAAGCAUCUUAGUUGCUAACAGAACCUCUGCUUCUGGCUGGGAAACCUUCAGGUUAUGGAGAAUCAAUGAAAACACCUUCAAUUUCCGAGUGUUCAGCAAUCAGUUUGCGGGACUGCAGGGUAAUGGAGCCAACCCUGCAGUUGUUACAACAGCUAACAAACCAAGAUCCUCAGAAACAUUUCAGAUUGUAAAGAACAUUGAUGAUGAAUCUCGUGUUCGAAUUCGAGCUUCCAAUGGCCUCUUUUUACAGGCAAAGACACAAGAUUUGGUGACAGCAGAUUAUGCAGGAGAUGGUGGAUGGGGAGAUGAUAACCCAUCUGUGUUUAUUAUGAAUGCAUUUGGAACCUUACACGGCGAAUACCAAGUCACCAAUGGCUAUGGCCCCGAAAAAGCUCCACAAGUUAUGAACGAGCACUGGAGUACGUUUAUUGUUGAAGACGAUUUCAAGUUCAUGUCUCAGAAUGGACUCAAUGCUGUUAGGAUUCCGGUAGGAUGGUGGAUUGCUAGUGACCCGAACCCCCCUAAGCCUUUCGUUGCAGGAUCGUUGAAGGCGUUAGAUAACGCCUUCUCUUGGGCACAAAAAUACGAUAUCAGGGUAAUAAUAGACCUACACGCAGCACCAGGGUCACAAAACGGGAAUGAGCAUAGUGCAACCAGAGAUGGAUCGCUCGAAUGGGGAAAAACUGAUGAAACUAUACAACAGUCUGUUGCUACUAUCGAUUUCUUAGCUUCGAGGUACGCGAGACACCCUAAAUUGUACGCGAUAGAGCUGAUCAACGAGCCAGUAUCCUGGGGUGUAGCCUUGGACACCCUGAACAAAUACUACCAAUUAGGAUAUGAUGCAGUGCGCAAGUACUCAUCAAACGUAUCUGUUAUACUGUCGAAUCGCUUAGGAAUUGAGGAUUCGAAGGAAUUGUUUCCUCUGGCUAGCGGAAUGCAAUCGGUUGUAGUCGAUGUUCAUUAUUACAAUCUCUUCGAAACCAAAUUCAAUGACUUAAGUGUCCAACAAAACAUCGACUUCAUCAACAACAAUAGAUCAUCGGAUUUGAGUACAAUUACUACCUCCAAUGGCCCCCUUACUUUUGUUGGAGAAUGGGUGGCUGAGUGGCAAGUUAGUGGAGCAACAAAGCAGGAUUUCCAGAAUUUUGCUAAUGCGCAACUACAAGUAUAUGGGCAAGCAACCUUUGGAUGGGCUUAUUGGACAUUUAAGAAUGUCAAAAAACAUUGGAGUCUACAAUGGAUGAUUCAAAAUGGUUACAUCACCCUUACAAAUUGAUAAUACUUGUAUGUCCCAUUGAGAUCGUAGCAUUAUGUAAAUUUAUGUAAGAGCUUUUAAGAGUAAAUGUUGCAAUUCUAAUGAAACGGAGAGAGUAAUGUUAAAGCCCACAUCUUAUUGUUUUUACUAUGUGUCAAGUGUAUUGAAUAAAUAUUAGAAUUUAGGAUAGUGAUUUCCCCCAAACAUUAUCCAUUACUUCAAAGACCAAUAUAUCAGUUGAUUGGAUGAAAUUAAAUCAACUAAAAUUUUCUUGAAGAAAUCAUUGGUUUUUAAUAUUAAUAAUAUAAUAUUAAAGGUGACUUUUACUUAUCCGGAGUUUGUGAUUGAAUGUAUAUGGAAAAUAUUUUAUGUAAAAAUAAAAGCUUUGUUUUCG